GAAGAUUCGGUGCGGAUGGGGAGGGCUGGGUUGGGUGUGGCGGUGGGGUGCGCGGUGGUGACAUGCGCGAUCGCGGCGGCGCUGGUGGGUCGGAGGGCGCGGAGUUGGUGGCGCUGGGGAAAGGCGGUGGAGGUGGUGCAGGGGUUCGAGGCGGGUUGCGCCACCCCGGUCGGGAGGCUGCGCCAGUUGGUGGACGCCAUGGUGGUGGAGAUGCACGCGGGGCUCGCCUCCGAUGGCGGAAGCAAGCUCAAGAUGCUGCCCACCUUCGUCGAUGUCCUUCCUGAUGGAACUGAAGAUGGAAUAUACUAUACUCUUGAUUUAGACGCAACCAGUUGCAGAGUCUUAAAGGUUGAACUGCACGGUAGAGGUUCUAAGACCAUCAACUAUAAAGUUGAACAGAACAAGAUUCCACCAGAAUUGUUGACCAGUACAAGCGAGGAUUUUUUUAAUUUCAUUGCUCUGGAAUUAAAAAAAUUUGUUGAAAGAGAGGAAAAUGAUUUUAAGCAAAUAUCUAAAGCAAGGAUGGAACUUGGGUUUGCGUUUCCUUUUCCUAUUAGACAAUCGUCUUGUUCGUCAGGUGCUCUUAUUAACUGGACAAAAGGCUUUGCUGUUGAAGAUGUUGUUGGGAAAGAUGUUUCACGAUGUUUAGAGGAAGCUACGUCAAGGAAUGGAAUUAAUAUGCACGUAGCUGCUUUGGUGAAUGAUUCUGUAGGUACAUUAGCUCUUGGUCAUUAUCAUGAUAAAGACACUGUAGCUGCUGUGAUAAUUGGUACCGACACCAAUGCAUGCUACCUUGAGCGAAUGGAUGCGAUAAUUAAGUGGCAAGGCCUUCUUACAAACUCUGGAGGCAUGGUCGUCAACAUGGAAUGGGGAAAUUUCUGGUCAUCACAUCUACCUAGAACUGAUUACGAUAUCGCUUUAGAGAAUGAAUGUGCAAGUCGAAAUGACCAAGGGUUCACAAAACUGAUUUCAGAAAUAUACUUGGGUGAAAUUGUUCGAAGAGUUCUUUGUAGAAUUGCAGAUGAAUUGAGUAUAUUUGGAGUUUCUACUCAUCAACUAUCAGUACCAUUUACCUUGAGGACAUCUAUGAUGGUUGCCAUGCUCGAGGAUAACUCUGUCGACUUACAAGAAGUUGGAAGGAUCCUCCGAGAAAGUUUUGAGAUAUCUGAUACUUCUCUCAAAGCAAGAAUGCUCAUCAUGAGAGUUUGCAACACCGUGAUCCGAAGAGCUGCUAGACUAGUUGCAGCAGGGAUAAUCGCUAUUCUGAAGAAAAUCGGUCGAGAUGGAUAUGGCAGCACGUCGACUGGAAGAACCCAAGGCAGAUCAAGGAGAACAGUCAUUGCAAUCGAGAGCGGCCUUUAUAUUAACUACCUGAUGUUCCGGGAGUACCUUAAUGAAGCCAUAUCAGAAAUCUUAGGUGAGGAGGUUGCCCAAAGUAUAGUCCUUAAGAUUUCUGAAGAUGGACCAGGAAUUGGCACUGCAUUGCUUGCUGCACUAUAUUCAUCCCAAAGAUGAAUACGAAAACUCUCAAUUCAAUUAUUUUUCUUGUGCAAAUGUAAGAAAUUGUUCCAAAGUCACAAAGAAGAACUUGUAUAGUGCAGAAAUCCCUCCUGAAAUGUUCUAGCUGUUCAUAUGCCUUUCCAUCAAAUGUAAGUUAUUGUCCAUAUCUAAAAUUUAAAAUGAAAAGGCGGGAAACAAAAUUUAUUUUUGUAUUUAUGGAGAUGGUUCCAAGUUUCGUUCCUCCA